GGAAAAUGAGGCCCAAAGAAGUUAUGCCACUGGGUUAAGGUCCCAAAGCAGGUCAGAACCAGAUCUAGGAUCAGAAACCUGGCUCCUGGCUCUCUAUUCUUCUAAGGAUGCUUUCCUGACAAAAGAGGUAAGGGACUCCACUACAUGAAUUGAAGAAGGAUAAGGUUGGCACUAUUUUGCUUCUGUCUUUGUUGAAGUCUCUUCCUCCCUGAUCACACUUCAACGGAGCUCCUUACAGCAUAUGAUACACAGCUAACUCAAGUGUGGCUAGAACACCAAUUCAUCAGUCUGUCAAAUGUUCUGCUGCCGGCGUUUGUUCCUAUUCAUCCCUGACUGUGAACCACUCAUAAAGGCAGCAAGAGGCGCAAGAACAGGGCUUGGAAGGAGCAGCUCCACCUGGCCCACUGGACACCUGCCUCCCAGGACACCCAGGAUCUCGGGAGUAGAAAGAAUUUGGCACUUUCUUUUAAUUUCUCUUUCCUAAAAUGGAGUCAAGUAAAAAGAUGGACUCCUCUGGCACAUUGCAGACUAACCCACCACUAAAACUGCACCCGGACCGCAGCUCUGGGACAUCAGUUUUUGUCCCUGAACAAGGAGGUUACAAAGAAAAGUUUGUAAAGGCAGUGGAGGACAAGUACAAGUGUGAGAAGUGCCACCUGGUGCUGUGCAACCCGAAGCAGACUGAGUGUGGACACCGGUUCUGUGAGACCUGUAUGGCUGCCUUGCUGAGCUCCUCAAGUCCAAAAUGUACAGCGUGUCAAGAAAGCAUCAUUAAAGAUAAGGUGUUUAAGGAUAAUUGUUGCAAGAGAGAGAUUCUGGCUCUUCAGAUCUAUUGUCGGAAUGAAAGCAAAGGUUGUACAGAACAAUUAACACUGGGACAUCUGUUGGUGCAUUUAAAAAAUGAUUGCCAGUUUGAGGAGCUUCCAUGUGUGCGUGCUGACUGCAAAGAAAAAGUCUUGAGAAAAGACCUGCGUGAUCACGUGGAAAAGGCUUGUAAAUACCGGGAGGCCACGUGCAGUCACUGCAAAAGUCAAGUCCCCAUGAUCACAUUGCAGAAACAUGAAGACACCGAGUGUCCCUGCGUGGUUGUAUCCUGCCCUCACAAGUGCAGUGUCCAGACUCUGCUGAGAAGUGAGUUGAGUGCACACUUGUCAGAGUGUGUCAAUGCCCCCAGCACCUGUAGUUUUAAGCGCUAUGGCUGCGUUUUUCAGGGCACAAACCAGCAGGUCAAGGCCCAUGAGGCCAGCUCUGCAGUACAGCAUGUCAACCUGCUGAAGGAGUGGAGCAGCUCCCUGGAAAAGAAGGUUUCCUUGCUACAGAAUGAAAGUGUAGAAAAAAACAAGAGCAUACAAAGUUUGCACAAUCAGAUCUGUAGCUUUGAAAUUGAAAUUGAGAGACAAAAGGAAAUGCUUCGAAAUAAUGAAUCCAAAAUACUUCAUUUACAGCGAGUAAUAGAUAGCCAAGCAGAGAAACUCAAAGAGCUCGACAAAGAGAUCCGUCCCUUCCGGCAGAACUGGGAGGAAGCAGACAGCAUGAAAAGCAGUGUGGAAUCCCUUCAGAACCGUGUGACGGAGCUGGAAAGCGUGGACAAGAGUGCUGGGCAGGUGGCUCGGAACACAGGCUUGCUGGAGUCCCAGCUUAGUCGGCAUGACCAGAUGCUGAGUGUCCACGACAUCCGCCUGGCUGACAUGGACCUGCGGUUCCAGGUCCUUGAGACUGCCAGCUACAAUGGCGUGCUGAUUUGGAAGAUCCGAGAUUACAAGCGGCGGAAGCAGGAGGCCGUCAUGGGGAAGACCCUGUCCCUUUACAGCCAGCCAUUCUACACAGGCUACUUUGGCUAUAAGAUGUGUGCCAGGGUCUACCUGAAUGGGGAUGGGAUGGGGAAAGGGACACACUUGUCGCUGUUUUUUGUCAUUAUGCGUGGAGAGUAUGAUGCUUUGCUUCCUUGGCCAUUUAAGCAGAAAGUGACGCUCAUGUUGAUGGAUCAGGGGUCCUCUCGGCGUCAUUUGGGAGAUGCAUUCAAGCCUGACCCCAAUAGCAGCAGCUUCAAGAAGCCUACUGGAGAGAUGAAUAUUGCCUCCGGCUGCCCAGUCUUUGUGGCCCAAACUGUUCUAGAAAAUGGGACAUAUAUUAAAGAUGAUACAAUUUUUAUUAAAGUCAUAGUGGAUACUUCGGAUCUGCCAGAUCCCUGACAAGUAACUGGGGAGGUGAAUUUAGCAGAAGGUAACUCCUUUGGGGGGUUUGAACCAGUCUGUCUUCACUGAGGUCCUCAAGCUCUGAAAAGGACCUUGUGGAACGGAGAAGCAGCAGAAAGUGGACGCACGGCCGGCGGGAGGAGCCACACGAGAACACACACCUGACAUGUUUUGUAUAGACUAGUAACACUUCACUCUGAAGAAUUAUUUAUCCUUCAACAAGAUAAAUACUGCUGUCAGAGAAGGUUUUCAUUUUCAUUUUUAAAGAUCUAGUUAAUUAAGGUGGAAAACAUAUAUGCUAAACAAAAGAAAUAUGAUUUUUCUUCCUGAAACUUGAACACCAAAAAAAGAAAACACACGUGGGGAUAGCUGGACAUGUCAGCAUGUUAAGUAAAGGAGAAUUUAUGAAAUAAUAAUGCAAUUCUGAUAUAUUCAUUCUAAAAUUCAAGAGUGCAAUCUUGUUUCAAAUAUAGUAUAUUGUCUAUU